GAAUCCCAAGCCGCGGGCGACGCUUAGGGCGCGCCUAGAAAGUCAGCGAGAGGCCGCCACGUGGGAAGCUGCUGUGGCUCUUCUGAGUGGCAAAGCACUUAGCAAGUUACUAGUUCCUGUUGGGCACAGUCCCUGCUUUUUUCCAGGAGUCCCGUCACUCCAGGGUCAGUGUGAAUUUUUAAAUCGCAGGGUUGUAACCGUGUUGUUGUUGUUGUUGUUUUGACCCGAUCUUGUUUUUGCUUUGCGCUUUUGCGGAAAGGGAGUAGCGCUUCCGAAGGCGCGCCUUGCGUCCUGGGGAGAAAAGCGCAGGAUCGGAGAGAAGCAGCCCUCCUCCUCCCUGCCCGCCGAGCGCCUCCCUCCGCCACUAGCGACGGGGCCCACUACCCCGGGGCGGGGGCGGAGUGUGGGGGCCGGCGGAGUUUGUUCCGGACGUGGGACCCGCCCCGCAGCGGCUCCCGUUGGCCAAAUAGGGAAGCGGAGCGGCCGGGAAUCGCCGCGCUUCGCUUCUCGGAGCGCCGAUUCGUAUCGUGUUGGGAGGAGGGCCCACCCCGGAUCUCAGCCAUCUUUCGAGGGGCGGCAGGGACGGUAGCCGGCGAUGGCAGAGGCAGGGCUGGGGGGCUUCUGAGUUCACCGAGCCGAUUCCUCCCCACCGGUCCCGCUCCCGACCAUGAUGAAUCCCAAGGAAGGCGCGGCGCCGCUGGAGAAAUACAAGCUGGUUGUGGUCGGCGGAGGCGGCGUGGGCAAGAGCGCCCUCACAAUCCAAUUCAUCCAGUCGUAUUUUGUCUCAGACUAUGACCCCACAAUUGAGGACUCGUACACAAAAAUCUGCAACAUCGAUGGCACCUCCACACGGCUGGAUAUUCUGGACACAGCUGGCCAGGAGGAGUUUGGGGCCAUGCGAGAGCAGUACAUGCGUACUGGGGAAGGUUUCCUCCUCGUCUAUGCCAUCAAUGAUCGUGGCAGUUUCAAUGAGAUCCACAAGUUUCACACUCAGAUACUUCGAGUGAAAGACCGUGAUGACUUUCCCAUGAUCCUUGUGGGGAAUAAGGCUGACCUUGACCUUUAUCGGCAGGUACCCAAGGAGGAGGCUCUCAGCUUUGCCCGGGAGAAUCGGAUCCCGUACAUGGAAGCCUCUGCUAAAAUCCGCCUCAACGUGGAUGAAUCUUUCUAUGAGCUGGUCAGGGCCAUCAGGAGGUUUCAUGAGCUGGAAUCCCCCCCUGCCCCGGCUGUCAGCCCUAAGAAGAAAGAAAGCAAAGGCUGCCCUUGUUCCCUGCUGUAAACUGCCUUCCCACACCAAGCUACAAAGCCCGGAAAGGGAAGAGCCAACUGCUCAGGUUCCCUCCUAAGGAGUGGGCGCAGCAGGAUUUCUCCCUUCUUCUCUCCAACUCCCCACACCUCUCACCCCCUCACACCUAUGCAACAAGGGCUGGCAAUGUGUAUUCUGCAGUUGUGUCCAAAUACUACAAUAUGUCUGGUGCAGAGUUCCUGCAAACUGGAACAGGUCAGGAAGCAGAUAAAUCAUGUACCCCCUCCACACCCACUUAAUAGACAGGGAAAAAAGGUUUUAUAUAUAUAAAUGAUGACUGGGACAAGGUGCGGGGAGGAGUGUGCACUGCCUUCCUAUCCUGUUCCGCCACCUUUCUCCGUUAUGUCCUCCGAGAAAACUGGCAGGAAGGGGAAUCUCCUACACCAGGUUUUAGGGUGGGUGAGAGAGUGGGCAGGAAAAUGAGGGGCUCAGACUCUUCAAUGCAGCCAGAGGCAGCAAGCUUUUUGCACAUACACACUUUUAUGUACAUGUCCAAAGCUGUAUUGUACAAAUGCAUUUAAAGGGGUGUUCGUCUAUUUUUUAAGAAAUCACAGCCAUCAUUAUGCACAGCACAUGAUUAAUAGGAGCGGUCAAUAAAUAAUUUUUUUAACAAGGAAUUAUUAUUUUUUUGGGUACCCUCCAGCUGCUUUGGACUACAACUCCCAGGAGUCCCAGCCAGAACACAUGCUGAUGGGAGUUGUAGUCCAAAACAAAAAUAGGUUAGCAGCAUCACGUUACAGUAGGGGACCCAAAGAAGCAAUCUUUUUCUUAAAAAGUAAGUUUUGUGGGGAGGCUGCCUCCCCCCCAAAAAAAACCUGUCUGGGAUGGGGUUGAAUGAACCCAUGGCCUAUCUACCCAUUUUAGAUCCUCUACCUGCAACCUAAAGAGCAAAUGGUCAUUAAUUAAAUUAUAUCCUGCCCAAAUGCAAGGCAUCUCCCCCUGCAAGCAAUUAAGGAAGGCAUCCCCAAACUUCUGCCCUCCAGAUGUUUUGGACUACAAUUCCCAUCAUCCCUGACCACUGGUCCUUUUAGCUAGGGAUCAUGGGAGUUGUAGGCCAAAACAUCUGGAGGGCCACAGUUUGGGGAUGCCUGAAUUAAGGGAUGCGUGUGAAGGUCACUUCUGCCAGUUCCCCUGCCACCGUGCUGCAGAUAAUUCCAGCUUGUUAAGCACCAAAGAGUUACCACCUAUUCAUGCACCAUCAUCUUGUGGCACUUUAAAUAUGAACAGAUUAAUUGUGGCAUAAGCCAUCCUUGAAUAGAGUCUGCAUUGUCAGCUGUAGGAAGUCUUCUCUGUUGGCAAUUAUAUGUAAUCUACAUACACACACACAUGGUACAGAGGGUUUUAUUUUAUUUUUUUGCAAACGGUGGGGCCGAAGGGCCGUGAAAUGUUAGGGUAGGAAGCUGUGAAAUUCUCACAUACCUAGAAGUGGUUUUGAAUAAAAGGGGAGUCCUUCCCAAA